UCAGUCGCGUGUGGAAGGCGCGCGCGGCUGCAUUUUUCGUGUUUCGGCACAUUUUUAUUUUUUGAGCGCGUCGAGGUUUUCCGCGUCCCCAAAAACUUUUGCGAACUCAAAACAACUUUUGCAGGUCGACUGUAAAUACAAGUUUUAGUACAAAAGACAUUUUUUUUCUUCGAGAACUGUGUUUUCAAGCGGUGUUGUUGAUUUGUGUUGAGUGACUUGGAUUUAUGGUGAAAAACACAAGUGACACUGUGAGUGACCGCCGUGAAGUUUACUCAAAUUUUCUUUCAAGUUUGGAUGUUUAGAAUUAAGAUGAUCAACAAUAAUUGGCUGACUUCGAAGACUGAUUACAAUAUUUAUGAAGCCAAAUAAGAAAUGAUCGAUCCAUGAAGUUUCUACCUCGGUCGGGCUCGUUUCAGGUUGUGAUCCUCGAAAGAGUCCAUAUACUGCAAUGACUACCGCGAUGGCUGCUCAUCAAGAAUCUAUCCACGAGAGACUGCAACCGGCGCCGGAGGAGCCCCUGUUUCUUCACCAUGGGGCGGCAGCGUGGCCUGAGCCAGCUGAUCAUCAGGAGGAGCACAGCGCUGACAUGUCUCCGUACUACAACAUGCCGAAGCGCAACAAACGUAAGAACUUCAAGCCCAGAUGCGCUCCCAACGCCACCACCUUCUCAGACGACUCCAACGGCCCCGUCAACGAUGACGCAGCCAGUCCCCUCAACGGCAACGACAGAACCACCCCCGACGUCAACGAUGACGACAAAGACGUCAACUAUGGCAAAAUCGGCGUCAAAAACUUCAACCUGAUGAAAGGCGCCGUCGACCUCAGCAGAAGACUGAGCACGGACUCAAACGAAAACAUAGACUCAAAUUACCAAAACAGGUUACCCGAAGACAAGAAGUCUGACUCCUUCCAGAGGUCUUACAUCCGCAGCUUGCAGAACCACGUUAAUGAACGGGAUCGGACCGUUUUAAAUUUUAGUAAUUUACAAAACAAAACCUUUUGUGCCAAAAAUCCUUUUGCAAUAUCUCAACUUAUCAAAACCAAUUCGCCUCCUAGAAGAAGGGAAUCGGAGUCUGAUGAGGAGAAUAAGGGGCAGGAUAUUAAUGCAAACGAUAGGUUAGGUGAAAGCCAGGAGCCGAUGGAGACUGCUGAGACUCUACAAAAUGGAGACGCAUCUAAUGCAACCAAUAGAAUCUUGAGAGAUUACGCUAUGAACACUAUGAAGGAAUUACUUGGAAUUUAUGGUUUAUCGUCGAAUGAAGUAGCUGAUGCCAUUAGUGGCCAAAUCAGAGCUUUAGAAGCACUUCAAGGCAAACCAUUCACACAACUGCCUCUCAGUUUGAAGAGAAGGCACAACUCUGGACUAGAAGAAGGGACUGAGAGAAGUCUCCGGAGGUCCUCCUCAGCUACUGAAGAUGAGGGUUCCACCAACAUUACUCCGCCUAAGACACCUGAUAAUGACAUUGAAGCUCAGAGGCAAAGGGCGUUACAAAUAAUUAACCAACAAUCUAUGAGGUUGUUUGGGCGAUCUCAAGCUCAAGAUGAAGACUGCAGCGGUUCUGAUGAUGGAGAGCAGACCCUGGACCUAAGUGUUUCUAGAGAUACUGACGGACAGGAACAGUCUACGACGUCAAGCGCUGGUAAUAGCGUGUCAGAAUUCGAACAACAAAACUUACUAAUGAGGAAAAAUUUAGAAGAUUUAGCCAAUUUACAAAUGCAGGGUUUCUUCCAAAACAAACCAUCGAUGGACGACGACUCCCAAGAAAGAAAGCUACAAGCGAGUGGCCUGCUGUCAGCGCUGAAUCAUCUGGACCAGGCUCGCAAGAACUCGCUUCAGACCACCGUGGAUUACUCCAGAUAUGUCAAAAGAUACAACUCAACCCUGGAAUGCGGCUCAUCGUACUGCAAGGAGCUGGGCUACCGGGAGCACUUCCACUGCAUGGACUGCACCGCCAGGGUCUUCUGCAAGAAGGAGGAGAUGAUCAGGCAUUUUAAGUGGCAUAAGAAGCGCGACGAGUCUCUCGCGCACGGGUUUAUGAGGUACUCGCCCCUAGACGACUGCUCCGAGCGGUUCAGCGACUGCCCCCACAACCGCAGCCAGACGCACUACCACUGCAUCCAGGAUGGCUGUGAUAAGGUGUACAUCUCAACAUCAGACGUGCAGAUGCACGCCAACUACCAUCGCAAGGACAGCGCGAUCCUUCAAGAGGGUUUCCAGAGGUUCCGAGCGACCGAGAGCUGUGCUGCUCCCCAUUGCGUCUUUGCGGGGCAGAGGACGACGCACUUCCACUGCAGGAGACCAGGCUGCACUUAUACGUUCAAGAAUAAGGCUGAUAUGGAAAAACACAAGACCUACCACAUCAAAGACGAAGCUCUAUCCAAGGAUGGCUUCAAGAAGUACAUGAAGAACGAAGCUUGCCCCUACCGGGACUGCCGGUUCAGCAAGACCUGCAACCAUAUUCACUGCAUCAGGCCCCACUGCAACUACGUGCUGCACUCUAGCAGCCAGAUCUUCACUCACAAGAGGAAGCAUGAGAGGAAGGAGCAGGAAAUGAGCUUUGGACUACCAACAUCGGUUAUCCAGAGUGCCUUCCUGCAGCAAGGUGCUGACCUCAGCAUGUACUCCCCAGGAGGCAACCUUCACGUCGAUGACGACAUGUCCAACUCUAUGAUGGACCCUGAUUAUGCUCAUCCUUUCAACCCAGCACUAGUUGAAGAGGCGUCACGCAAAUACAUCGAGACUUACAAUGGAGGCAAAGAUGUUGACGACAAGUGCAGCAAAUGCAGUGCCCUAAACAAGCACUACCAUUGCCUAGCUGAAGGAUGCAAAAUGGCCCACAGCUGCCACACUACUAUGGUGAAACAUGUAAUGGAGCAUGAACAGCAGAACCAGGUCACCGAAGCUUACUUCGUGACCUACACCCGCAGCAACCCUUGUGGAAACUCCGCUUGUCAGCACAUUCGGGACAUCACGCACUAUCAUUGCACUUGGGAAAACUGCGGUGCUGUCAUUCUCUCAUCAGAAGAACACCCAUUCAGAAGACUAGAGCACCACCGGCAACAUGCGAUCCUGAGCCCUAUGUCGCCCAACUUAGCUGCGAGAUUUGCACCAAACUUCACCCCUCAACUGUCAGCUCAAUUACACCCCAAUAUGGCAGCACAGCUUGGCCAAGUGCCUUCUAUGUCGAACCUUCCACCUAAUUUAGCACAGCUGGCUCAAAUGGCACCAAGCCUAAGUUCUCAGUUGACUCCAAACCUGCAAGCUCAACUGAACCUUGGCCCGAACCCAGGAGUUGUGCCUCAGCAGGUCAACCCCUCAAGUUCCUUGGAUGAAAUGUUUAGUAGGAAGAGAGGAAGACCGCCAAAGAACAGGGUUGUUGAAGUUUGGACUGAUAAUGUAACACCUCAAGCCAUUUUUACUUCAUUCAAGCUACCUAAGAGUAAUCAACUACCCCCAGUGAUUCAGUCUCCUGUCAUUACGACCGUCGAGGAAUUUCCGCGCAUCAAGUUCCAACAUUUCGAAGUUUUCACAUGCCCCGACUCGUGCAGUCAGUCUUACCCAAGAUGUCAGCUGAUUAUGAGCAGACUGCAUCUCCACUGCUUCAACUGCAGCUUUGCUGGCGAAACCCACAUCAUUAUGGAGACUCACAUGAGAGAAUUACACUCUAUCAGCCCUCUGCUUGAAGGUUUCGAUUACUUUACUUCAUUUGAUCAGUGUGGAGGAAAGAGCUGUUUCAAGAACCAGCUCAGAUCACACUUCCAUUGCGCUCAAGGGAACAACUGCCCAGCUAUACUAACCCAGUACUCGGCGUUGGCAACUCAUAAACAUGGUCGAGGAACACCAGUGAUAAAGAGUGAGGAACAAGAGAGAUCAUUCGAUGAAGCCAAAGACUACUCUUUGAAGGAACGCGCAUCAGUUGACAGUGUUGCCUCUAUGAAGGAGCCCAGUGAAUCCUACACUCCUACUAACUUCUCAAUCAAGAGCGAAUUUGAGAGGGAGCAAGAUAACAUUUCGGUAGUUAAAGCUACAGGCACGUUCUACCCGUCGUCUCAUCUCAGGAGCAAUGCAUCAUCACCAUCACCCAGGAGCAUAUACGACGCAUCACCUUCCAAGGAUAUGAAAUUGCGAAUGGAUUAUGAUAAGAAGCCAUUCGAAGCACCGAAGGUUUCUGGACCUACGAUUCCGCCUUCGUGCCAUGACCAAGCUUGUCCAUUGAACAAGAAUGCUGGUGGUAUGAACCUGCAUUACCACUGCCCGCAUUGCAGCCAAGCCUAUGUGGAUCUGAAGUUGCUGUUUAGUCACAUGGUGAAGAAACACAGCAACACCAUGGAUCCUGGACCAGUUGGACUUGCUGCUACUAAGGAGACUCUCGAACGAGAAUACCCAGAAAUUUCGAUUCUUCCAUCAACGGCUUCAUCUUCAUCAACAAGCCAAGCACCAUCACCAACCCAUAGACCUCCCAAUCCUGCAGAGCAAGUGCAAGCAGUCCAAAGCCUGCUUCUCCAGCAAUAUUUGGCUGGAGGCCGUAAGGGUAGUCUUCAAGAUCAGCUCAAAAUGCAACAGCAGUACACUGCAUCACUAGCCGGUCUACCAGGCUUGGCUCAAGUGGCACUAUUCUCUCAAGGAGGAUCUCCCUUUCCCCUCUACCCAACAAUGCUGUACCCUCCAGAGCUGUUGUUAGAACAAAGUCUGCUGCAAAGCCAUGGUCUACCACCAGGACUUGAUAAGGAAGCUGAAAUGAUUGCUAAAACCCGGCGCACACACACAACCCGUGGCCCACACAUGCGCGUCUUGAAGGAUGAGCCUAUUCCAGAAGGAUAUCUCAGGUUCAGAUUCAACGAAGACUGCGCAUAUCAGCACUGUGGAUACAGGGAGCAUCAAACUCAUUUCCACUGCACUCGAAAAGACUGCGGGUAUUCGUUCUGUGACAAGACUAGAUUCGUUCAACACACUGCUAGACAUGAAAGACUUGAUACCCUGAUGGGAGGAGAUUUCCAACAAUAUCGAGCAAACGUUUACUGCCAGAGACCAGAUUGCCCCCACGCAUCUACUUAUGGUACUGGCCAGAACAAGGCAUCUCACUUCCACUGCCUGAAAUGCGACUUCGUGUGCACUGACACCAAUAAGGUCGUGGCCCACAGGCGUCAGCACCAGAAGCUGGAUUCCAUUCAGGCUGCUGGCUUUGAGAAGUUCCCUCCUAGCAAAGGUUGCGGAUAUGAACCACAAUGCAUUCACAGCAAGAAGCAAACCCACUACCACUGCUUGCAGUGCGGUUUCGCUGUACUAGGUCUCUCCCAAAUGACCUCCCACAAGUACAAACACCAAGAGGCUAAUCAUGGCCCAUCGACUAGUGCUACAAACUGACCGACAAAUCAAUACCUCAACUGUAUGGAAAAACGAACGAUAGUGUACAUAAAAAUACGGUUAAUUUCAAAAGUGGUGUAUCUAUGCGUAGUGUAUAAGUUUGGAUAUACCUAAGGACUUUUAUCAAGUGUAAGUGAAACGAUUAUAAAGCAAUGUAAAGGCUUUAACAAGUACAUGACAAAAAAAUGGUAUUCGUAAGACGCAAUAUGGCUUCUGCGAUGUUAUCACUGGAUAUGAGAACAAGUUACAAUAUCAAAAUUGGAUUUGAUGUAACUUCUGAGUUUUGACGUAUAUAUAGAUGACGUUGUUCAUUAAUUGUUCCUGCAAAGACUAUUUGGCAAAAUUGAUUGUAAUAAUUAUCAGUUUUACGAAAAUGUGUGUCCCUCAAGUGUGCCUUAAGCUCUUUUGAAGAUCACUAUGAUUGAAUUGAUCAAGCAAAAGAUAAAUGUUAUCUGCUUGAGAAACUCGGAUAUCAGUAAAUAAGCAAUCUAGUAAAUACUUCACUAGUGAACGGAAGAACAUUAGCAACUAUUUUGUGUAGGAUGUGUUGAUUCCUGCUUUGUAUGAGAGCAAUUUCCCAAAUACUACUUCUUCUGAUAUAGUUAGUACCUACCUACUUUGAAUUAAUUUUGAGUUCAAAAUAAGCUCAGUAUUAAAGUUAAUGAAGAGGAAAAAUCUAAUAUUCCUAAAAUGAAGCUAAGACUACAUUGAAGGUAUCGGGAGCAGUCUUAAUUUGUGGAAAUACUUCUAUUAUCUGACUUUAUUAAUUGACUUAAAUCUAUGUGGCAAAGAUGAUUAUGUGCCAAAAAUGAUUGUUGAACUAUGUAUGCGGCUGAAACAGCUACUGUUUCUAAAUUAUGUAUGUAGAAAGAGUUAUUAUAGAUUAGUUAUUUUCCGAACAAAGUGAAUUUAAAAUUGCGAAAUCUUAUAAUAUAUGAAAGUGCAUGUUAAUUAUAUUGAAAUGUGUUUGUAUUUCCUAAAUCCCGACCAAUAUUAGAUGUUAGUUAAGAAAUAUUUAUAUUUAUUACUUCCCCGUGAGAAAAGACAUUUUUACGAAUAGUAUUAUUAAUUUAGAUGUCGUGGAAUUAAUAAAACAAAUAAUAAGGCAAUAAUAUUUGGGAUAUAAACACCAGUUUGUGCCUAAAACAAAUCUUGUGACAAUAUUAUACAUUGUUCAUUUGUAAUAUUUCCUGACAAAAUCAUGAUAAUGCAAAAUAAUAAUGAAACUUUGUCAGAAAAUAUUACAAAGAAGCAUUAGGGUUACAAAAAUAUAUAUUUAAUUAAAAAAACUUAUUUAAUAAAAGUCAAUUCUAUAAACAAAAAAAAAAAAUACACUGUAAAUAAAAAAAAUAGAUUAUUAUAUUAUAAAAUCAGUAUGUUAGUGAAAAAAAUAAAAUUGUUAAACUGAUAUUGGUAUUCUGUAUAAUACAAAUUGGAUUAGUGUACAGAAAAUUGAGUGCUAACGUUUGUGAUUCAUGAGGUAGCCAUAUAAUGCCAUAAACACGUUUAUGUAACUGUAAUAUAACUAAAUCUUUUCUAGCAGAGCAGUAUUAGUCACGAGAUGUCCUUCUAAAAGUACCUUUUGCAUUCCUAUAUUAUUCCUGGCAACCGUUUGACGCCAUUUAGUUAUAGAGCAUGGUUGAUUGCUAAUAUUUUUUGUUUCAUGACCAAAACCAUACAUCCUAUUCCUAACCUUUAUCAGUAUUUUUGUAGUAUAAGCAACAUCAGUUGUUCCUAUUAUGAUUUUUAUGUCUCAACUUAAUUCAGUUCAUGUUGUUUUAUAUCUCACUAUGCCAGUCCAUGUUAUUUCGUAUGUCUGUCUCAGUCUAUGUCGUUCUAGAAUACUUAUACAUGCUUUCGUUUUACUAUCCAUUACGUGUUCUUUUGUAGUACCAGAAAGGUUAGUUUCAUUACGUUUUUUAUAUUUAAAUUUAGUUAUUUCCCUUACGUAAACUUUUGAAAUAGACCGUGCCAUAAACGUAGUCACAUUUUUUAGUGUCUUUAGAACAAUAGCUUCAGUUUCUAAUUUUAAGUAACGAUUAAUUUCUAAAUUCUGAUUGGCAUUCUCAAAUUAAGUUUAACAUAUAAAUGCAAUAAAUUAAAAUCUCACAUUAUUGGUUGUUAUCUUGUCUUUGUUUUGUUAUCUAAUUUUACGUACAACGUUUUUUUUUUUUCGAUUCUUUUUUUAUGUUUUCGUCUUUAACAAUCUUUGUAUUUUAAAAGUAAUUUAAUCGCGUAUUUAUGUGUAUCUUAGUGUACGUAGCUUUAAUUUUAGUAAUCAUUUAAUUAAAUUAAUUUCUCCCUAAACGAAUACAGUAUUUUGUCCACUUGAGUAAAUACUUUGGAGUGUUAUUUUAAAAGUAAAUCUGAGUGCCGUAAAAUGAUUGUAGCGUUUGAUUUGAGACCAAUUUUGUAGGACUUGUUUGAGAUUGUGAACCGAUUGGUAUCUAUUGAAAAUAAUUUAGUAUUGUUUACCUCAUGACUUCUAGGAAUAAAUGAGAAUAUUC